GUCGGUCGUAAAAUUUUUAGUUUAUGUUUACUUCUUUUUGUGCGUUGUUGUGAUUCGUGUUGGAAGGUUUAUGUGCGGUGCUGCUUAGGAAGAAAUUUGAAGGCUGUUUUCGUUAUGUGAAAUGACUAUGCCAUGUGAGUGUGCAGUCUGCUGGCACAACCCAUGGGAAACUGGUGCUGCUGCCCCGGCAAGCCAUCCGGCCCUGAAGCCGGGAAGUUCCUGGACCCGGUGAAUAACAAGGCCAACAACACGGGUGGUGCCACCAGUUCCUGCUCUGCUCCCGAGCGGUGCGUCGAGCCGCCCGGCCCACAGUCCGAGCCGGCGCGCACCUCGCUCGGCGAGCGUCUCAUGUUCUACCCACGCCGCGAGCCCGGGCGACGUUCCUCUCGAUCGGAGCACUCGGAAGCGAAAGCUGUCGCCCUCUUUGAACGUUACUGUGACCCAGCCGAGGACGUCGUUCUUGCGGAAGGGAUUGUGCUCUUGUGCCAAGACCUUGGUGUCAGACCCGAAGAGUUCAAAGUCCUCCUUCUUGCCUGGAAGUUUGGCGCAGAGCAAAUGUGCCGCUUCACCAGGGAAGAGUUCCUCGCAGGGUGCAGGGUGCUGCGAGCCGACUCGGUGGCGUCGAUCCAGUCGAGGUUUCCGGAGCUCCUGGCGGAGGUGCGAGAUCCCGCACGAUUCCGUGACCUGUACCGUUUUACGUUCAAGUUUGGACUCGAAGCGGGACAAAGAGUGCUUCCGACGGACACUGCUAUCCAGCUGUGGCGGCUGGUGUUCUCGGAAAACCCGCCGCUGGUAUUGGAGCGCUGGCUGGCCUUCCUGGAGACGCACCCGGAAGUGCGGGGCAUCACCAGCGACACGUGGAACAUGUUCCUUCACUUUGCGGAAACAGCUGGAAGAGAUUUGAGCACGUACGACGAUUCGGAAGCGUGGCCUAGCCUGUACGACGACUUUGUCGAGUAUGAAAAUGACCAGACAAAUCAAAACGUGCUGCCACAGGGAAAGAAUGGCAGCAGUGGCGAUGUCGGGGUGGAAUGACAACUGGACGGUCGUGACGACCACUUUCGUCUGGUACGAUGAUAUAAUGUUUCCGGCAGUAUUCGAAUGUCACUGGCUCUUCUGCUACAGGAUGGCUCAAGAAAGCAAGUGUGCCGUGAAUGUUUGUGUUAUCCGGGUGUUACCUUUUUCGACUGCAACUGCACAGUGCCUGAAUUCGAGCUUGAAAAGCGAUUGGAUUCUUUCACCCUUUUUGAUGGCGACACAAAGCAGACGGUGGAAGAGACAUCCCCAUUUGGCUCCUGGUUGAUCUGUUGAAAAAAGCAAGAGAAAAAUUCUAGAAUCUGGACCACACUAUCAGAAUGGAACCACAGUAAUGAGCAAGGUUUUUGUUUUGCCUCUUUAAUGAUGGCGCUCGUCUUCACCAAGAUAGUGCACACUUCACUGUCCAGCUACGACUGAAAACUUGGGUUGCGCGCCCUAGAACAUACUUUUUUUUUCUUGUCACAUUUCAAGAACAACCAGGCUGGGGGAACACGUGCAGGCUAGUUUGGGUCUAAAGUGACUUCGAGGCGUUUCUUUUAUCGGUGCUUCAGGGACAGGUUCUUCCACUGCUGUGUGACGGUGAAAACAAAAUGCUGGCAAAUCUUCAACAGUCGCCCCAUCUGGACAUCCUUGGACCAUCCGUGACCGCAGCCGGCAGGAACGGCGAGCGGUUUCGUGAAGGGUAGUGCUCGUCACAUUUCUUGACAUGCGGUGCGUCAGUGUCGCGGCGUCAUCGGGUUGUGCUGCUUUUGCAUUUUCUUCCUCGGUGUUAUUGUUGUUUAUGCUGUAAGUCGAGCCCUACAGUCGGCCGGUGUUUCUAGGCGUCUCGGGAUGACCUUUUGAUAAAUCAUUGUGUGGAUGAUCUCUUAGGGUAGGAUUGUUUGGCUUGAUCGCAUUAGAAUUUCAGUAGGUGAAGUGCCAAAGGUGAAUGCUGUCUGAUUGUAAGCAAACCGUUGCGAGUACUUUGGUCUAUGCGUAAGCCGUGAUCUCACCGCAUCUCUCCGUAAGGUGUGAAAUCUCCUGCUUUUGUGAAGGCUUGCCUGAUGCGAUUUCAAGAAAGAGCUCUGGUGUACAAUAGCGCGUCAGAUGGUGGGUUGUCAAAUGCUUUAAUAUCCUCAUGCCCUAGUGCAGCGCACGGGACAAAGCACUCCAAGUUGUCUCGUAAAAAUAUUUGCAACAGCUUGCCGCAUCCACACCACAAAUGCACACAUGAAGAUGACAAAGCACAAACUAGCGGGGACAGCAGAAUUGGUGUAGACAACAUGUAGGAAGUGGAUGGCACACUGAGAUGUACUGCCACUGCCUUUAGUCAACAGCACAUCAGCUGGAUGAGUAUAUACUAAAAAGGAAUGCAGAAAAAUAUGUUGAAAAUCCAUGCAAGGCAGAAAAGUUCGUUAUGUCUGCACAGGUUUUGUCCAGUCUGCAAAGUUGUGCAGGGAUGACUUUCUCACCGAAGCAUCUCUCGCUGGAUUUGUGUGUGACAAAAUUCAGCGUUUUCUUAUGUUCUGGUAACAAUUUUACUAGACUGUGUCCUGCUAGGAGCAAACUAAGUGGGAGACAGAAAAACACCAACCAAACUCCACCAAAAAGAGGGUGCCGACGUUUUGGAGCCGAUUUGGCUCCUCCUUCAGGGGUGACUUAUGGUUCAACAGAUGCAACUUUGUCAGGACCCUCUUUUUGGUGGACUUUGGUUUCUGUUUUCCGUCUCCCACAUAGUUUACAGAACACGUGCACCAUAUGAAAUCUAACUAAAGCAACAGAAUUGGCACUGCAGCAGCUGUGAAUGUGGAUUGGCUGCACUAUUUGUGAACACGUAUCAUAUUCUGCAAGCUCGUUGCGAUGCACGACAGCAAUCUGUAAAGUUGAAGAUUUUAUAUUGUGCUACACUCCUUAGGUUAUGCAGUAUGACCACACACUCAUUUUUUUUUUUGCAGAAUUUAUUAUGUAUGACAGCAUGCACAUUUGAGUGCUGCGUGGAAUGCACGUCACAUGAAAGCUGUCUACAAAAAUUCGCAAAAUUGCACAGACACACGCGGUAUUCAAGAAACGCACAUUGGUUUGCACUUUGCUGUCUUCAUGUUUGUUGUAACGGAUACCACCACUACACUGGUAAUUCCAUAACCAAGAUCAUACGUGUAACGCAUUAGCUACAGCCUCUGCCCCUGAAUCGAGCGCCUAAUGCCAAGAUACGGAGCCUAUCAGUCAAACCACUAACCGUUUGUACGAGAGUGCAAUUACAGGACUGAGGAUAAGGGAAAACGGUUGUUUACGUACCUCUGGGAUAAGAAAACUGUGUUUGUCUGUUGAAGCAAACCAAGAACCAUUCCUGUGCAUGUGUACAACGCUGGACAUAAGUUUGUGGCGCAUUCCUUUCUCGGAGCGACACGCUAGUAGCCAAUUGGACUGUACAGAUUGCCUAGGUAACCCAGUCACCUGUUUGCAAGUCCAUGUGCUACCAUUCGCUGCUAGCAUAUCACUCUGAGGAAGGAAUGUGCUGGAGCUUGUUCCGUAAGGUUUUGUCCAGCACUGUACACCCUAUCUUACGCACAGAUAGUGGUUUGAAAUGUGUUUCAUCCAUCAUAUUCAUCAUAGUCCCGUCAUGUUCACCAAAUAGUAGUUUGUCUGCCUGGCCUCGUAUCUCGUCCCCAGAUGCUCGUAUCCGUAGGAGGCCAUAACUCCUGCAUUAUAUUUUUGUUGUAUCGGCAGCGGAUCUUGCACUGUGUGUCUCACACAACAAUUCUGUUUGUGUUCAGGUCUUUGGUACCGAUGAAGUUCGUUGAGCGGUAAGCUGCGCUACGAAGCAUUCGUAAUAAUAGCAGGCAGACUCGUUCGAACCCCACACCAGUGUAAAAACUUUACACUGGUGUGGGGUUUGAACGAGUCCUCUCUUUGUAGACGAUUUUUUGCGUCAUUUCGCAGCACAGGGACUGAGAUUGUCCUUGCAUCCGUGCUGCUGAAGCUGUUGACUGCUUUGUAGAGCACCUGACACCCGUGGAUCUCGCCAUUGGUGCAGUGUAUUUUCAGUAUGAAGUGAGGCACCAUUGUAAAUUAUAGUGCGGUCGUUCCAACCAAAAACCUCAUGCUAUCAUGUACAUGUUUCAACAAGUGGUUGUGUCUAAGCACGUGCCAUUUCGCUUGCAUGUGAUUCCAGUGUCUGCACCGCAGAGAUGUUCUUCAUCUUGUCUGCAUUCAUUCCAAGGCUGUCAGACAACAACACAUUUUUUUUAUGUAUUUAUUGACUCGCACUAGCUGCUGCAGCAACUUGUUUCGGAUUCAGGUUGUACUAGGUGGUACAGCUGCCAUCAUUUGAAUAUGUUUUAAUAUUAUUUUGCCCUGCAGUUCACUCACUCUUCACUACUUGUGCUUCCUGCAAGUUCAAAUUUUGAGUUAAUAACAUUGGCGCAUCAGUUAGAAAGGAAGUCUGUAAUGAUUGGCGUGUGUAAGUGAUAAAAGCGACAGCUAGGCUCAGAUGCACUUGAGCUAGUAUAGCCGAUUUUGUAUCUCUGUGCGCUGGGAUUUCAUAGUUGUAAUAUUUUUAUUCAAACAAUCAUACCUAUAUGUGCAACAGUUUUCAUAGUUUUUGACAACGUCAAUAAACUACCUGAAGUUAUUUGGAAUAUUUCA